AGCAACAUUGUUCCCGUGGGAAAGUUAACACUAGCUUGACUGAAUUUGUAAAGGCUUUUGUGGAAUAGUUAGAAAGCCAGGAAAAUUUUUAGAACUAACUGGACUCUGAGUAUGUCUUCCCCAGCAAAAACUCCUCGUUCAAGGAGAGUUCGAAGUCAAGAUCCACAAACACCAUCAAGUACAAGGAGUACCCGAAGCACUAGAAAUACACCAUCACGUCGAUCAAGAAGACGGAGCAGUGGAAGUGAAUUAUCGACUGAUUUGGCACCCAUGCCAUCAACACCACAGACAGCAGAAGGCCAAGAACAUGCUCCUUUAAGUCCUGCUCCACGUAGUGGACCUGUUUUUAGUGAAAUGGAUCUAAGUUCACCUUUAAACUAUGGAACUCCUAGCUCAAGUGUUGGAACACCACAUUCCUCUGUAAGAGGAACUCCUAUACGACAAAGAAGUGAUAUUCGGAGUGAUAGACGUCUUCGUCAAGUUAAUAUUGGAGCCAGUGAUGGUGUUGGAGAAACAACAGAGCCAGUCAGAGGUGGAGAUACAAGUGAAUCUGGAACUGGACCUCAAUUGGUAAUUUGGGGUACAGAUGUAGUUGUGAGCCAUUGCAAAGAAAAGUUUAAACAAUUUGUAUCCCGUUAUGUUGAUCCAGAGCUUGAGUCAGAUGAACGAAUGGAAGGGAUGGACAUUGAUAAACCUUUAUAUCUACAGAAGUUAGAAGAGGUGUACACUCUUGAAGAACCAUUCUUGAAUGUGAACUGUACCCACUUGUCUCACUUUGAUGCCGACCUCUGUCGGCAGUUAGUAUGUUACCCUCAGGAAGUCAUUCCUACAUUUGAUAUGGCCAUCAAUGAAAUGUUUUUUGAGAGGUAUCCAGAUGCUCAGCUUCCUCAUCAAAUUCAAGUUAGACCUUUCAAUGCUGAAAAAACAAGAAAUCUGAGAGGCCUCAACCCUGAAGAUAUUGAUCAGUUAAUUACCAUUAGUGGAAUGGUUAUUCGUACUUCCAACAUCAUCCCAGAAAUGAGAGAGGCAUUCUUUAUGUGUAAUGUGUGUUCUUUCUCAACAACUGUUGAAAUUGAUCGAGGACGUAUUCCUGAGCCUACUGUAUGUCGACAUUGUAACACAAAUUAUUCUUUCAGCUUGAUUCAUAACCGUUCUCAAUUCAGUGAUAAGCAAAUGAUAAAGUUACAGGAAUCACCAGAUGACAUGCCAGCUGGUCAGACCCCCCACACAGUUAUUAUUUAUGCUCAUAAUGACCUUGUGGAUGCUGUUCAGCCAGGUGACCGUGUCACAGUGACGGGGAUCUAUCGAGCUACUGCUGUUCGUGUGAAUCCAUGGCAGAGGAAUGUUAAGUCUGUGUAUAGAACCCAUAUUGAUGUAGUCCACUUCCGUAAGGUUGAUACAAAAAGGCUUUAUGAAGAUAUAGAAGAUGGAAAGGAUAAUCGAUUUACACCAGAAAGAAUUGAGAAAUUGAAAAAUUUGUCAAAACUUCCUGACAUAUAUGAUAGGCUUGCCCGUGCCCUUGCUCCUGGGAUAUAUGAAAAUGAAGACAUAAAGAAGGGGAUUUUGCUUCAGUUGUUUAGUGGAACAAAGAAAGACUUUGCAAACACAGGCCGAGGAAAUUUUCGAGCGGAAAUCAACAUCCUACUGUGUGGAGACCCAGGUACUAGUAAGUCCCAGCUUCUCCAGUUUGUCUAUAAUCUUGUACCAAGAGGUCAGUACACCUCAGGUAAAGGUUCUAGUGCUGUUGGUUUGACUGCUUACAUCACUAAAGACCCAGAAACCAGACAACUAGUACUCCAAACAGGUGCCUUGGUUUUGAGUGACAAUGGAAUCUGUUGCAUUGAUGAAUUUGACAAAAUGAGUGAAAGUACUCGAUCAAUUCUUCAUGAAGUUAUGGAACAACAAACAUUAUCCAUUGCAAAAGCCGGGAUCAUCUGUCAGAUGAACGCUCGAACAUCGGUAUUAGCUGCAGCUAACCCUGUGGAAUCUCAGUGGAAUAAAAACAAAACAAUAAUUGAAAACAUUCAACUUCCUCAUACACUACUGUCAAGGUUUGAUCUAAUUUUCUUGAUAUUGGAUCCUCAAGAUGAGUUGUAUGAUAGACGCCUGGCUCGCCACCUGGUGUCACUUUAUUACAAAACUAGAGAAGAGGAGCAGGAAGAGUUUCUUGACAUGGCACUUUUAAAGGAUUACAUAGCAUUUGCUCGUUCUUAUGUUCAGCCAAGAUUAAGUGAACCUGCUGGUCAUGCCUUAAUUGAUGCUUAUGUUAAUAUGCGUAAAAUUGGCAGUGGAAGAGGACAGGUUUCUGCCUUCCCUCGACAGUUGGAAUCGCUCAUACGACUGGCUGAGGCUCAUGCAAAAGUGAGGUACUCCAGUGUAGUAGAGUUGGUGGAUGUGGAGGAAGCCAGAAGAUUACAUUGUGAGGCUUUGAAGCAAUCUGCCACAGACCCUGCUUCUGGAAAAAUUGACAUAUCCAUUUUGACCACUGGCAUGAGCAAUUCUGCUAGACGUCGAAGAAGUGAACUUGCACAGGCUCUGAAGAAACUUUUACAGUCCAAGGGGAAAACACAGAGUUUCAGUUUUCAGAAGGUGCUGACAGAGUUGAAAGAACAAUCUGAAGCUGUAAGUAUCAAAGGAAAAUUGGAAGUGUGAAUAUCAGAUAAUCAA